ACACACACACACACCCCGGGACGCCGUCCAAGCCCCGCCGGGCCCCGCUCCAUAGCAGCCGACGAAGCAGCAGGAAGGAUGAGUCUCGGCGCGGGGGACCCGCUCGCUCAAGCCGCCUGGACCUCGGGUGCCCCCGGGCGCCCCCUUUGCAUAAAGGUCCCGGGACGCAGCGGCACUGCGAUGCGAACGGGGAGAAGAGGAGAUUCGGCCCUAGGCGGGACUGGGAGGCCCGCGGGCGCCAGGGAGGGUCCCGCGGGCCAGGAGCGCGCCACUUCCGACGGCGCCGGGAGCACCUCUCCCCUGACAACUGUCUUCCUCAUCUGGCUGACCUUCCUGUGCACCGUUCAGGGGACAGACCACAUGGGCCCCCGGCCCCGCCAGAGACGCCAGCUGAGCCACGGGACAUGGACGCACUGGGGCAGCUGGAGUGCCUGCUCCAGUACCUGCGGGGACGGAGCCUCCUUUCGGACACGGCGGUGCAUCAGGUUCCCCGAGGAGGAGAUGUGCAAGGGGCCUCUCAGGCAGUACCGGGUGUGUGAACUGGAUGAGUGCCCUCCUGGAUCCGUCCCCUUCCGGGCUGUCCAGUGCUCCCUCUACGACGGCAAACCUGUCCUGGGCAGCCAGACACCUUACCAAUGGGUCCCCUUCCAUGGAGCCCCCAACCUCUGCGACCUGAACUGCCUGGCUGUAGGGCACAAUUUCUACUACACCUUUGGGAGGGUCCUGGAUGGGACCCGCUGCAGCCCAGACUCCCGGGACCUCUGCAUCAGCGGCCGUUGUUUGAGAGCUGGCUGCGAUGGGCUGCUGGGCUCGGAGUCUCAGGUGGAUGCUUGCGGUGUCUGCGGAGGCAGGAACGAGUCGUGUGUCCUGGUGCAUCAUGUCUUCCGGGCAGCCUUUCCCAGCUCUGGUUACUUUGGCUACAAGAAUGUCACUCGGAUCCCGGCAGGCGCCAGACACAUCAAGGUGACAGACCACAGCCGCAAUUACCUUGCUCUGAUGACAGCAAACCAGCGCUACAUCAUCAACGGGGACUGGGCCAUCGACUGGCCAGGGACGUACGAGGUGGCAGGCACCCAAUUCCGCUACACUCGCACAGCGGACACCCACGAGAGCCUUGAGGCAGCUGGGCCCACCCAGGAGGACUUGCUGGUCAUGGUCCUUUUCCAGGAGCCCAACGCGGGCAUCGAGUUCCAGUUCUGGCUCCCGAAUGAGCGCUUCCACCCCAUCCAGAGUGACACCAGCCCUCUUCGCCAGCCCCAGACCAGGGAAGUCGGGGAUAGCCCACCAAGGGAGCACCAAACCAUCCUGCCAGCCCCGCCCUCCCAAAACGACAUCGCCAGGAAGACGCCUCAGGGGGAGGGAACCCCCUUGCCAGCCAAAGUGCCCCCAGGGAGCUCAGGGCGGUGCGGGGCGUGCGACUCUCCGAGGGGAAAAUCCCAGCGCAUCCACCACUACUGCAGCAGCGACUUUGUCUUCCGCGCCCGAAUCCUCUCCAAGCGCCGGGUGGGGCAGGAGACGCGCUACGACGUGCAGGUGCUCCACACCUACCACAACCGCUUCCCCGUCGUGCGCCGCGAGUUCGUCUGGGUGCCCGACGCUUGCGACUGCCCCCUGCUGGCCGAGCAGCGCGAGUAUGUCCUGAUGACCCGGCGCCACGUCAACUACGAGCACACUCUCAACCGGCUGCUGUUGCCCCGGGGCGGCUACGCCCGGCCCUGGACGCCCCGCGAGGACCUGCAGCUCAGGGAUGUCCCCAAGCACUGCUCCCAAGUUGGGUUAGCGCCUGGAGGGACCCCGCCCUAAAGUAGGGGUCCCGUCUCUGCCGUGUCCACCUUCCUACCACCGGAGUGCCGUGAAAACGGAUCCUCUGCAGACCUCUGGAUCUUUCGCGGCUGCCAUCUGAGCUCAAGGGAAGGGAGACAACAGGAUUGCCCAGGGAGAACUGAACUCAAGUGCUUUUGCCUUCAUUAAAUCCCAGGGUGAUGGAAUUCUGCGUCUCCCUAACAUGCCCUGCCAUGCUCAGGUUUCGACUCUGCGAGGAAAACAUUGGAAGAUUCAGGGGAGACAAAAGAAAGGUUUUCUUCUCACAGAGGGGGUUGUGCUAAUCUGCUUUGAAAGAGAAUUCGACAGAAUUCACGACAGAUGUAGCUACUGGCGUCGGUGGAUUGCCCCCAAUGGCUAUGCUCUCCUUCUUCCCCUUGCCAAAAUCAGGCCAAGAUCGCCUGGGCAUUGGUGGCCUGGCUUGCAGUAACCUCUGCACUUCCACCCAUCUCCUGGACACAUUAAGCCACAGCGCCACCAUGCCCGACUCUGCCCAGAGGGCGCUGCCUGCAAGAGGACUCUGGGGCAUAUACAGAGUCCCUGCGGCUUCGUAAGAUCAGUCUUCGUUUCUGCUCCUCGAAACCAGUAAAGGUAUUCUACAGUCUGAUAUGCUGCAUUGAUUCAUUCAUUGAUUGCAUUUGUAUCUCCUGGGAGCAUAAUGUGGUGACAUGGUUCUUGGCAAAACCACACUGGGAUAUAUCAGCUGAGAGGCAGGGACUGACCUCCAAGGCCACCCAGGGAGCUUUCUAUGGGCGAGGUAGGAGGAUUUGAACUUAGGUCUCACAGGUCCCAAUCCAACACUCUGGCUCUCUAAUGAAACACAUAAACUUCCCAAGCUAGCUCCAGCAAAGCAAACAUUUGACACAGCCUUUGCAUAUGCACAGACGCCAACUUGUGAGCAGG